CUGAAGGCCAGCGGGUUCUCUUCGAUCGGUAAAAAUGUGACCAGAGCCAUUUCUCCCGUAGGCAAUUCGUAACGAAGUAGCCCUAUCUGUUAUUUUAUGAAAAGAUUUAAUUGAAAACGGAGAACUGUGGACGUUCUCAUGGCCAAUGGUGAAACUGAAUGGAAAUUACAGGAGGCUCCUCUUGUCGAUAUUGAUGCAAAGACAAUUGGAUCUGUCUCUAGUUUGAGACGGCAUUCUCAGAUAGAAGAAGAAACAGUAAAGGAGGAAUUAGAACUUGCUCUUCCUGAUUAUGAGGGUGUUGCAUUUGGAGGAUAUUCUUGGGAAAUAGAAAACUGGCAUGAACUUGAUAGUCGUGCUUCAAGUAGUAUAUUUGAAGUCAGUGGACGUCAAUUUAGAAUAGUCUACUUCCCACAAGGUAUUUUACCGUCUUCUGGAUAUGCGUCUCUCUUCUUAGAGUACAUACCUUCAAAAAUCGAUAAGGAAAGUCAAGAUUACGGUGUAUGUUGUCAGUUCGCUCUCAUUAUUUCGAAUGUCAAAAAUCCUUCCUUACGCGUCGCAAGUUCUGCCCAUUGUCGCUACUCUCCAGAAAUUCAGGAUUGGGGAUUUACCCAGUUUGCCGAAACAAAACGUCUUCUCUCACGUAAUUCUCCUGUUGCGCCUCCUAUCGUUGAAGACGGGGCUUUACGCAUAAAUGCAUUUGUUCGAAUCCUUGAUGAUCCCACUGGGGUGCUAUGGCACUCCUUCAAUAAUUAUGAUUCCAAGUCUAAGACGGGAUAUGUCGGGUUGAAAAAUCAGGGUGCUACUUGCUAUAUGAAUUCUUUAUUGCAGUCUUUGUACAUCAUUGGAACUUUCCGUAAAAUUGUUUAUCAAGUUCCCACAGAAAAGGAUGAAUCCAAAAAUGGUAUUGCAUAUGCUCUCCAACGCUGUUUUUACAAUCUUCAAUUUAUGAAUGAACCUGUACCUACCACUGAUUUGACGAAAUCUUUUGGAUGGGAUUCUUUAGAUUCUUUUAUGCAACACGAUGUUCAAGAAUUUAACCGAGUUCUACAGGACAAUUUGGAGAGAAGCAUGGAAGGUACCAUGGAAAACGCGCUGAAAAAUCUUUUCUGUGGAAAAAUGAAAAGUUACGUUGCUUGUAUGAAUGUAAAUUAUGAAUCUGCCCGCACUGAAGAGUUUUGGGAUAUUCAGCUAAACGUAAAAGGAAUGAAGAAUCUGGAGGCUUCGUUCCGAGACUAUAUCCAGGUCGAAACUUUGGAAGGUGAUAAUUGUUAUUACGCAGAUACGUACGGCUUCCAAGAAGCAAAGAAAGGUGUUAUUUUUGAAUCGUUUCCUCCCAUCUUACAUCUUCAACUAAAACGGUUUGAAUAUGACUUUGAAAGAGAUACGAUGAUAAAAAUUAAUGAUCGUUAUGAGUUUCCACUUGAAUUUAAUGCGAAAGCCUUCCUAAGUCCCGAGGCUGAUCAAGAUCAAAAUUGCGAAUAUGUCUUGCAUGGAGUUCUCGUUCAUUCUGGUGAUCUUGAUAAUGGUCAUUAUUAUGCACUUCUUAAGCCCCAGAAAGAGGAAAAGUGGUAUAAAUUUGAUGACACCAGAGUAACACCUGCUACUCUGAAGGAAGUUUUGGAAGAAAACUAUGGUGGAGACUAUUUCGUACAUCCUCCUUUUCGACCUGCCGUUAAACUAAAGAGAUUUAUGAGUGCUUACAUGCUUUUGUACUUGCGAAAGGAUAAGAUUGAUGAGUUAAUAGCUCCAGUUCACAAGGAUGUAAUUCCUAACCACCUUAAAGAAGUACUUGAUGAAAAUAUACGCUUCGUAGAUCAACAACGAAAGGAAAGAUUAGAAAGCCAUCUCUAUACAAGAGUUGAAGUUAUCACUCCUGAUUAUUUCGCUAAUCAUCAUGAAUUUGAUCUUGCAAAAUUUGGCAAUCCCGUAGAUGAAGAUUCUAUGCUUCAUAUCAGAAUAAAGAAAGAACUAAACGUUUCGAAUUUAUUACCAAUGGUAUCUGAAAGAGUUGGCAUUCCUGCGAGUCGCUUACGCCUUUGGUAUAUAGUACGUCGGCAAAAUUAUACCUUACGAGUGGAAGAACCUGUGAAUGAGCUAAAUCUUUCCAUUGAAGAGGCUAAGGGAAAGUGGAAUCCGCAAGGUGAUAUCCUCCGUUUAUAUUUGGAGAUAUUACCUGAGAAUCAAACCAAUUAUCCUCUUGUUAAUGUUUCUUUUGAUUCUCCUAAUAUUUUUUUAUUUAUAAAAUAUUACGACAGAAAAAAUCAAGAAAUUAUUGGUUGCGGAACCCUUAUUGUUUUAAAAAGUGAUAAGCUUGAAUCUAUUUGCCCAGAAUUAUGUGAACGUGUUGGUUUGCCGAAAGAUACCUUAUUACAUAUGUAUGAGGAGGUUAAGCCAGGUUAUAUUGAAUACUUAAGAUUAAAUAAAACAUUUGCCGAAGGCGAACUUGGCACUGGUGAUAUUAUUUGUUUUGAAACUAGAAAUCCAGAAGAUAACGAUCAAGCAAACAAUAAAUUCGCUACAGCCGCCAAGCUGUAUGAUUUCAUGGCAAAUCGAGUGGUCAUAACUUUUCGACCAAGGUUUAUUGAUCAAGAAAGCAUUCUCGAAUUUGAACUUGUACUUGACCGCCGCAUAAAACUGGUUAAGCUUUGUGAAGAAUUAGCAGAAAAGCUAAAUACAUAUGCUGAUCAUAUUCGACUUACAACUUGCAGUCCUCUUGCAUACGCCGCUAACAUGGUUGUUCCGAACAAUCCAAAUAUUACUCUCUACGAAAUAAUGCACGCUUCUGAAGAAGAUACUGUAUCAAAUAUACUAUUUUACGAAAUUAUGAACGUAAGUCUUUCUGAUUUGGAUAAGAAGCGACUUUUGCGUGUUACAUGGCUUUUCGAAGGUCUUGCAAACGCAGAGUUAAUUGAUGUUUACAUUAAUAAAAUCGGAAACGUCUCUGACAUAUUUAACGCUAUUUCUCAAAAAUAUCCGGAACUAGAGGUACCUAACCACAAGGUACGCUUUUAUGAAAUUUUGGAACACAAAUGGUAUCGAGACAUAAAUAUGCGAACAAUGUUAAGAUCGUUGAAUCCUUUCGCAAGGAUUAUUGGGGAAAUAAUACCUGAAGAAGAACUAUGUCUACAAGAAAAUGAACGAGUCAUAGUUGUUUGCCAUUUCCAUAAAGAUGUUGCUCGAAUGCAUAGUAUUCCUUUCAAAUUUGUGAUUAAGCCUGGAGAAAAAUUUGCUAUUACUAGAGAACGGUUGCGUUUUCGAACUAUGUACCCUGACAACAUUUUUUCUGUGAUUAAAUUUGCUAUAAUUGAUUUUGAUAGAAAUGCGGUUGUAUAUUUGAAUGAUGACGAUGAUGUUUUCGAACUUCUUGCAGGGUGUAACGGCACUCUGGCUAUGGAUAGAGCUAAAAAAGAAAUUAGAAAGCCUACAAUAUUAGACCGAGCGAUCCAAAUGAAGGGUUAAAAAAUGCAAAUAAUGCUUUUGUGUUUUAUGCUGCUUAUUUAUUAACUCCCUAUCGAUUCCACUAUCACUGUGUAUGUGCCGACUACUUUAGCUACUAAUGUUAAUACCAUCUGUCUC